GAGUUUAUGAGAGUUUCAAGAGUUCGGGCUCGCACGAGUAAGCAGCCACGACGCGGUUCAUACAACUUUUAUUCUCCAAGUUCUUCAGACUCGCUCGGUUUAUCCUUUUUUUUAUUAAUUUUAAUUCAACAACUUUUUAAAUCCACUGCAAAAAAUAUGUUGCCACGACGACGUGCUCUCGACUUACUACAAGUAAUUUCCUCACAAUCCUGCCGAUGCCCGGCUCAUGGAAAUCCUGGAGCCUCGAACAGCACGACUACGACUUCGACUCCUUCGAAUGAAUAUGCAUUUGAGAUGGCUUGUUCCACGGUUCGCUACGGAAUUGGAGUAACUCGAGAGCUGGGCAUGGAUCUUCAGAAUAUGGGGGCAAAAAGAACUUGUCUCAUGACCGAUCCGCACCUAGCUACGAUUGCUCCUAUCAAAACUGCCAUCGACAGUCUCGUAAAAUACGGCGUUAAUUUCGAUGUUUACGACAGAGUCAGGGUCGAACCGACCGAAGCUAGUCUUCAGGAUUCCAUCGAAUUCGCGAAAAAAGGCAAUUACGACGCGUUUGUUGCAGUCGGAGGUGGUUCAGUGAUGGACACUUGCAAAGCAGCGAAUCUUUAUUCGUGCGAUCGAGAAGCCGACUUUCUUGACUACGUGAACGCACCUAUCGGCAAAGGGAAGCCGGUGCUGGUCGCUCUGAAGCCACUGAUCGCAGUACCAACGACUUCUGGCACCGGAUCCGAGACAACGGGCGUAUCGAUAUUCGAUUAUCGUCCUUUGAAAGCGAAAACCGGAAUAGCGAAUCGGGCUCUCAGGCCAACGCUGGGAAUCGUCGACCCCCUUCACACUCUCUCCUUGCCCGAAAGAGUUUGCGCCUAUUCGGGCUUCGACGUUCUCUGUCACGCCCUCGAGUCUUUCACGGCGAUAAACUACACGCAGAGAACUCCGUGCCCGACGAAUCCGAUCCUCAGACCCGCUUAUCAAGGCAGCAACCCCGUCAGCGACGUUUGGGCCAGAUACGCUCUUCAAGUUAUGAAAAAAUACUUCGAAAGAGCUGUCUACAAGAGCGACGACCUCGAAGCACGCAGUCACAUGCAUCUCGCCAGCACCAUGGCUGGAGUCGGCUUCGGCAAUGCCGGCGUCCAUCUUUGUCACGGUCUUUCGUAUCCUAUUAGUGGAAACGUUCGAAAAUUCCAACCCCAGGGCUACAGCGAGGACCAUCCGAUCGUGCCUCACGGUCUGUCGGUCGUGAUUUCGGCACCAGCUGUUUUCUCAUUCACCGGAGCCGCGUGUCCGGAAAGACAUCUCGAAGCUGCCGAACUUUUGGGCACCGAUAUUAGCAACGCCAAGAGAGAGGAUGCUGGCAAAAUUCUAGCUGACACGGUCAGGAAUUACAUGAGAAUAAUGAAAGUUGAGAACGGACUGUCGGAGCUCGGAUUCCAAAAGGCCGACAUUCCGACUCUCGUCAAGGGAACUUUGCCUCAACAUCGUAUCACCAAACUUGCUCCUCGGGAGCAGUCCGAGGAGGACCUGGCUCAACUCUUCGAGAAUUCAUUUUCAAUUUAUUAGAAAAAAAGGAAGUGAAUAUUUGUAAAUAAUGGACGACAGUUAUUCGAUCGAAAUAAAACGUUUAUUUUGUACAACCUCA